UUAAUUUAGCAGAUACUUUUGUCAAAAGCGAUUUACAAUAAGUGCAUUCACCCAUGAUAUUACCCCAAACUGAAAAAAAUCGAUAGAGUACAUAAACAUUUAUCAAAUAGGCAAAAACAGCUUGAAGUGGGUCCUGGGGAAUACUCCCCUGGAAGAAAACGUUGUACAUUUCGAAGUUAAAUCCAUCAACACUUACUUUGAUAUAUAUAUAGGCUAGAUAUGUGCUGUAGUGAAAACAUGUUCAUCAUAAACACAUAGGUAUGAAUGUAUGAGUAUAAAUACUGAUCACCACCCUUAAUAUCCUUACAACCUAUAUGUGUUGUAUGGACACUGACGAGCCCCACCCACAUGCUAUUACAAAAUGAGGGAAAGUAACUGCCAAUCACGACAACAGCGCGUUCAUGCAAGGGCGACACCAGCUGAUUCUCCGGUUCAGAGUUCCGUGUUCUGAGCCGAGCUUCACCAAACUUUGAAUAAACGGGUGAAUAGUUCUUUGAGCAGCAGUGGGGCUUUCUUCAGAUGCAAUCCGCAAAAAGAGCAAUUAAUGUCGAUGUUACUCAUAAUCUUGUGGACAAGAGGCUCAACAGGGUCAAAUCUGUGGAGCAACUUGAUUGAGACUUUUACUGUUUUUUUUUUGUUGCAUCGACUGCACAAUGACGUCAGUGCGUCAGCGCCUGUGGAUGUCUGCGUCGGGACGGGGGCACGGAAUCGCUGUAGGGUCGGAAAAGAUGGGAAUAAUAUAGCAGUGUGGGAAUUCUGGCAUUGACUUGUGGAUAGUAGGAGCACCUGUAAUCGACACUUGAAAGCGAAUGUUGUACGAGGUCGCGCGGAGAAGGAAGCGCUUCCGUUGCAUUCAGGUAGCUAAUGUAGGCAGAGUUAGGGAGGGCUGUAGCUGCUGGGCUUUUUUUUUUGGAGAGGGAAAACAACAUGGCUGCGGUGGAGCUCGAAUGGAUCCCAGAAACACUGUACAACACGGCUAUCUCGGCUGUGGUGGACAACUACAGCCGAUCAAGAAGGGACAUACGCUCGCUCCCGGAAAAUAUCCAGUUCGAUGUUUAUUAUAAGCUUUACCAGCAGGGCCGGCUAUGUCAGCUUGGAGGAGAGUUCUGUGAGCUGGAGGUGUUUGCCAAAGUACUGCGGGCCUCAGACAAAAGACACCUCCUGCACCACUGUUUCCAGGCCCUAAUGGACCAUGGUGUAAAAGUUGCCUCAGUUCUGGCAAACUCCUUCAGCCGCCGCUGCUCCUACAUCGCUGAGAGUGACGCCCAUGUCAAAGAAAAGGCCAUCCAGUUUGGCUUUGUGCUGGGUGGGUUCUUGUCCGAUGCGGGCUGGUAUGGAGAUGCAGAGAAAGUGUUUCUGUCGUGCCUGCAGCUGUGUACGCUCCACAGUGAGGUCCUACAUUGCUACCGGGCUGUUGAAUGCUGUGUCAGGCUGCUUCACGUCCGCAAUGGCAACUGCAAGUACCACCUUGGGGAGGAAACUUUCAAGCUUGCUCAGUCUUAUAUGGACAAACUAGCCAAACAUGGCCACCAGGCCAAUAAGGCAGCACUGUAUGGCGAGCUUUGUGCCUUGCUCUUCGCCAAAAGCCACUACGAUGAGGCAUACAGGUGGUGUAUAGAGGCCAUGAAGGAAAUAAGUCCAGGGCUGCCUGUCAAAGUAGUGGUUGAUGUCCUUCGGCAAGCCUCCAAGGCCUGUGUGGUGAAGAGAGAGUUCAGAAAAGCAGAACAGCUGAUCAAACAUGCAGUGUUUCUAGCGAGAGAACAUUUUGGACACAAGCAUCCCAAGUACUCCGACACGCUGCUAGAUUAUGGAUUUUACUUAUUAAAUGUUGACAACAUAUGCCAAUCAGUGGCUAUUUACCAGACGGCACUGGACAUCCGACAGUCUGUUUUCGGAGGGAAGAACAUCCACGUUGCCACAGCCCAUGAAGACCUCGCCUACUCCUCAUAUGUGCACCAGUACAGCUCUGGGAAAUUUGAUAAUGCUCUAUUCCACGCAGAACGUGCCAUAGACAUCAUUACUCACAUUCUGCCUGAGGACCAUCUGCUGCUGGCCUCCUCCAAAAGAGUCAAAGCCCUGAUCCUUGAGGAAAUUGCUAUCGACUGCCACAAUAAAGAGACAGAAGAGCGCCUCCUGCAGGAGGCUCAUGAUCUGCACCUCUCCUCGCUUCAGCUGGCCAAGAAGGCCUUCGGAGAAUUCAACGUCCAGACAGCCAAACACUACGGCAACUUAGGACGACUCUACCAGUCUAUGAGGAAGUUCAAGGACGCAGAGGAGAUGCACAUCAAAGCCAUCCAGAUCAAGGAGCAGCUCCUGGGACACGAGGACUACGAAGUGGCUCUGUCAGUGGGUCACCUGGCGUCCCUCUACAACUACGACAUGAACCAAUAUGAAGAUGCAGAGAGGCUCUACCUGCGCUCCAUCGCUAUCGGUCAGACACAGGGAGGGGAUGGUAAGAAGCUGUUUGGAGAGGGGUACAGCGGGCUGGAGUAUGACUAUCGAGGCCUGAUCAAACUCUACAACUCAGUGGGAAAUUAUGAGAAGGUGUUUGAAUAUCACAAUGUGCUGUCCAACUGGAAUCGGUUGAGGGACCGCCAGUUUGCUGUGGCAGACGCCCUAGAGGACGUCAACACUACGCCCCAGCAGACCCAGGAGGUGGUGCAAGCUUUCUUAUUGGCUCAGAGCUUGGGCCCCACCCGCCCCUGUCUCGCCUGAUUUUAUGAGAGGAAAAAAACUGAAAGACACGUGGGGUUUAGCCUGGCGAGGACACGGAAUGAGUUGAAAUGUGAUGCUUCAGAUGCAAUCGAAUAAUUAGAAAUACACAGUAAAACCAAGCAUCACUGGCAAGUGAGUUGUCUUUUGUAGUCAACAGAAACUGCCAGUGUGUACAGAUCAUACACACACACAUUUAGUCAUGGAAUAAGAAAAAAAAGAUGUAGAGAUGGCAUCGCUAUCAAACCUCAUUGAGAUCAAACCACAUGGACCACCAAGAUGCAACUUCAGACUGGAUGCAACUUCACCCCACAGAGCCUACUGUUGCAUUUCUCCAAGACAAAGAGAAGCCGUGACUGAGGGGUAGGGGGGUUAAAACAAGAAAACCUCUUACCCCUGCAAGGAGGACAAAUGAGCCCUCCUUCUCUAGUCUUACUCUCCUUUAUUCCUUUUCAGUUUGGAAUCCAAGGAUGUUUUUGCUUUGUAUUAGAGCCAGAGUGGCUCUGUAUGCCAUGAACACUCAUCACAGAUGAAAACCAUGUUCUCCUGAACUGUGUAUGUUCCAGAGCAUCUGGACCCCACAUGAAAAAACGUGUUUCAGCCCGCAUCUAGCUGCAUCAUGACUCAGCAGAUCACAGAUGGAAGUUGUUAAGUAUUUUUUGACACUUGUACAGUAAAAUAAUACUGCAGAUUGUACACUGAAAUUUCAGUUGAAGGCUUCGUAGUUAUUGUCUUUGCGGGGAAAUUAGAGUGGACCCUGUUUGAAACUGCUUGGUGGACAGAGAUGAAACAGUGGAAUGUGUUGAACCAGUGGGUAUAUUGUUACAGCUUAAUCCCGACAUAGCAUAAUUAAAAUGCCAAUAACUUAUAUUCAGAAGUGUCUGUUUAUGUAGCCCCUUGUUUAUGCUUUCCCUACCGAGCCAACAGCUCUACACUUUGUGAUGUGACUCGGAGUGAUGAGAGGAAGAUGCUACAUGUACAGAGGCUUUUCAGCCUGAAGGUGUGGCUUUGUGAACGUGUAUGUGUGUCGGUAUUCACAGAAUACUCAGUGUGCCCAAGUGCUCCACUGAUGACUACCAGCCUUACACCAGCUUGCAGUUAUCUGCCUGUAGACGGACCCGUAACUCUUAAGUGCUAAAUUAACUUAUACCCUUAAGGGCACUACAAUGGGGACCAAUAUUGUGUGAGUGUGUGUUUGUGUGCGUGUACGUGCGUGCGUGUGCAUCUGGCCUUUCCUCUCCACUCCGUUCUGUCAGACAUCCCAUUAAUGCAAAGUAAUUUUGUUUUAAACUGGACCUUGUUUUUCUCUCGGCCUCCGUCAGUCAGUCAAAGUAUUUAUGACCAAAAUCUCAUCUGUUGUUUCAUCAAGGUCUUAAUGCUGUGAAACUUACUUUGUAAUUACUCUCCCAGCAGUCUGAUGCCUUAAGAAGCCAUUCAUUCAUUUUACAUAAACACACAACAUCAAUGAAAACGUCCAAUAUAAUCAAAUGUCAGGAUCCCUUGCAUUUGAUUAAAAUAGACUUCAGAUAACGAUAUAUACUUACACUAGACAUUUUGCAGUGUAAUUACACACACUUUCUAAAUGACCUCAAGCAUAUCGUUGGCAUUUCCCUACUGACAUUUCCUCGAUUUCUCCUGUUGUAUAAUGAGAUCAUGUGAGCCAAUAAUUAUUAGUCUAGCUCUGCUCGCUAUCAUUUUUAUACGAAGCAAUGCCUGCUCUGCCCUGGAUCUGAGUGUUUUAAACAUCACAACUUCUACUGGAACAGAAAGAUGAGUCUCUAUGAAAACCAGAGUAAACCUGAAAGGGUUGUUGCCUCUUUUUUGUUACGAUUUCUUACCUUUCACUUUAACCGGCAGAGGCAGAGAUGUAGAAAAGGGACAUAUCUGGGUAAAUCAAACCAAAUCCAUCGGCAUGGCUGAAUCCAAAUGAGUUAGAAUCAUGACUUGGUCAUAUCUCUGUAGUAGCGGAUCGAGAUGUUUGUUGUUGUGUGGAGAAAUAGCUGAUGAGAAUUUGCUCCCUGAUGGAAAACGUGAGAACAGAGUCCAGCUGGAAAACACAUUUAGGCAUUAAUAUCUUCAACAUUACUGAAAAAAAUGUGAUGCCUUCAAGUUCCCCACUGCUUUUUUUUUUUUUUUUUAUGAAUGAAGGAAUUAAGCUUUGUCUUGAUGUUGCUUCAGUACUGUCAGACUCCACCCUCUCCGGCAGUGAUUCAGUGUGAGUCAUUGGGUCCAGCUGAGGAAGUCCAGCCUUAGCCCCUCCCCUUAAACGGAUGCUCGGCUCCACUCUUGGUACUUUGGCUUCAGCAGGCACACUCCCUGCCCGGCAUACCCCCCUCUCUCUGUGACAAGCAACAGUUUGUUCCUUGUACACCUGAGGUCGGUAGUUACAAGCAGGUGAGAUUCAAGAUUAGACGUGGACCCUUUGCAGACAAGUGUAUGUUUCUGUAGAGCUGGCCUUAUAAGUCAAAAGAUUAGAGCCUGACCCAUAUGUAUUUUGGAGGCUGAUAUCGAUAUUAGGGAGAACAAGAUUUCCGAUACGAUAUAUAUAUACCGAUAUAUAUAUAUAUAUAUAUGUAUAUAUACCGAUAUAUAUAUACAUAUGUAUAUAUAUACCGAUAUAUAUAUGCGUACGACAUCAAGGAUUCCUAAGAUGUCGUUAUCAAACCUUUAUGACAAAGUAAUGUAAUUGAGGCUUUAUAUAUUAUUUUAACCAUAAAAAAAAUGAAUCCAAAUAUAUACAACUUGAAUUAAGAGGACGUCAACACUAUGCCCCAGUAGACCCAGGAGGUGGUGCAAGCUUUCUUAUUGGCUCAGAGCUUGGGCCCCACCCGCCCCUAUAUCGGUGAUAGAUUUUAUUAGGAAUGAGAGGGAAAAAACUGAAAGACACGUGGUGUUUAGUCUAACACGGAAUGAGCUGAAAUGUGAUGCUUCAGAUGUAUUCGAAUAAUUAGAAAUACACAGUAAAACCAAGCAUCACUGGCAAGUGUUGUCUUGUAGUUUUUCUUCAUUGUUUAUUCUGUACAAUAAAAGAUUUCAUAUCGGUUAACAUAAGUGCCGAUACUAAUACUGUGAAAGGCUUAUAUCGGUCGAUAUUAUCGGCCGGGCUCUAAAAAAAAAAAAGUUAUCUUGUCCUAACAAAUGAAGAACAACACAGAUUUAAUGACAAAAUCAUCCUACAUUGUUAGAUAUGUUUAAUCCAUCCUAGGUGUUUUGUUCAUUCUGCCUCGUCUUCUGGGAAACUGUUUUUCCUCGAGGAUCCUUUCUAAACGUUGAUCAGCAUUUGAGGUCUGUUGCGUUGGUUUACAAACCGUUGGCAGAAGACUUCUGCCUCGUCUGCAGCGGAGAUCCCACAGAUUUUGACAAGAGGUGUUUUUUGUUCAUGUCAAUAUCUUGCCACGUCACAUUUGUUUUAGUUAUGACCUUGACAAACCGGCUGACUGAUGGAAUGUUGGACACGUGUUUGACUUGACAUAUGUACUGGUCAUCACUGUGAUCUACUGAGAACUGAAGGGGAAUUAAAUAAUUUUAAGAGCUGCUGGGGGGGGGGGGGGGUCCAAGCAUGUGGGCUUGCUGAGCACAUUGGAGAAAUUUUAAAUAAAGCUGUGAUCUCCCCUUUCUCUCUCUACGACUUCAGAUGAGGCGACGGACACCAAAUGUGAUGAGGGAAUGUUUCACUGUUGUCUUGUUACUGCUUCACUGUUAGCUGCAAAAACAAUAAAACUUAUACUGUAUCCUUGAUCACAAACA